AUGGCCCUGGUCGUUUGGCGUGCGACGGCGGCGAUCAGGUGCGGCGAUGCGGUGUCGAAGGUGCUUCCGUGCCAAAGUUUCAUGUUGAGCGGGGAGGAGGCGCCGAGCGCGACUUGCUGCAGCGCAGUGCAGUCUCUGGAGAAGCUGGAGAGGGAGUCGAGCGACGAUCGCCAGGCGAUAUGCAAGUGCUUCAAGGGACUUUAUAGGCUUUUCCCUGUUAACAUCACUAAAGCUCAGCUGAUCCCUCAGCUUUGCAAUGUUACCAUCUCCAUUGCUGUUACUCCUAACAUUGACUGCGACAGGAUAUGA